AUGCCACGCUCAUCCGCUGCGGCUAGGAAGAAUCAGAGCAAUCGAAACGACAAUGGCCUCGUCGGUCCCGGCAAGAAAGUGACCAAGCAGAAGUCCAGUGGUCAUCUGAACGGCACCCCCAGCAACGGCUCUGCUCCCGGUUCGGGCGCGUCCGCUCACUUCGACUUGUCCUCUGUACGUUCGACCAGCGACACCGCCGUCACUUCUCCGGUUGUCCCGAGCAAGACAGGGGCUGGAUCGAAGGCCGAUGACAAUGUGCAUGGCGUGGUGAAUGGACACGGCAAAGGUGCGGACAUGGCGUGUGAACAGGCCAACGGUGCUCUGCCGCAAAAUGGCGGCAUCGCCGGCCAAUCCUCACACAAUGGAUCCUCGAAACGCUCUGGCUCCAACGCUUCAAUCAAUCCGCUCCAGCUCGCCUCCACGAUCCUCAAGUCGUGCCCCAUGUACGACACGAUCGCCAUCUUGAUUUUUCUGCUACAGCUUCCGCCAAUGGUCCUUACCCUUGUCCAGUUCUUGUUUGCCUCCUUGACCUUCAUGCCCCCCAGUGGCGCCGCGGCCGGCUCUCUUUCGUCAAAUUUUGAUAUUUUUCAAGGUCCGGCCGGGACGCCAUCACUGGGGACGAUGAUCGCGAUGGAUGCGUUUUGUCUGCUUUUCUGGGGUCUCUUAAUGUGGACCUGGGCACAAAACUUUGCGAUCGACCUGGCACACGUUCAAGUCGCCAUUACACUGGGCGGUGGAGGUUCCGGGAAGAACGGCGGGGUCAACACUCUCUGUGUCGGAAUUGUUCUGCUUCUUCAUCUCGUUCGCAGCAAAGGCAUCCAGGAUUUUGUGAUGGGUCAUCUCGUUUCCGCCAAACUCAUCAGUCCGGAUAUCCUCUCUCAAUACUCGUAUCUCCUCCCCGUCGAGUUCCGCCGCGGCGAUGCGCAAACGUCGCCAAGCUGGCUCCGGAGUCUUCUCGCUGUUCAUAUUCUGGCACAGGCGGGAACUGCGAUGGCAAGGCGGUCGAUGGCUAAGAAUCGGUUACCUGCGCCCCCGCGGCCCGGCAAACGUGGAGACACGGAGGCGUCUGCGGGUUCGCAGGCCCAAGCCGAUUCAGCUCUUGAAUCCGCUGCCAGUGUUUCGUCAUCUCUCGUGGGGCCGGAUGGUCAAUUGAUUGCAAGCAAGGAGGGCAAGGAUCGAUUUACGUCCGCCAAGAAACGCAGAAGACAAGCCAACCAAGUUCGAAGUCGUCAGCCAUUUUGGGCCGCCCUCGCCAGCACAAAAGUAACGGUCAUGCGCGAAUACGAACAUUCACGGGCAAUAUCCAAGACAACACGCGGUCCUACGAUGACAGAGGAGGACCUUCAAGGCGUUGCUCUUGAGGACGGACUGGUAUGGAUUACGGAAGUGGAUAGCUCUUCGAUCAAGUUUGCCGCGGGUGAUUUCUCGGAUGAUCCUGCUGUGUCGGGCUCUUGUGAAACCAGUCGUUUAGGAGAUGUGGAACCGUUCUAUGUUUGUGUCAAUGGGGCUCUGUGGGCUACUGCUACGAUUGGCAGAGUCUCGGAUACUCCGAAGGACUCUGGGGUCGUCCAGUGGCGGGGUGAGAUCUCCGGGCUUGCCCCCAAUUGUGCUUACACCUGCUCGUUUGUACGCAGCGAUACCGACGAGGAAAUCUGUGUCAUGAGUAUCAAGACGCCUGCAACGGCUGACACAGAACAAGUCAUUUCCGCGGUAUCGGCUCCUCCGCAGCCUUUUUAUCGACCCUCUUCUCCCGGGACGACGCUCAAGAACUCUAUUGUCAAUGCAGAGGCCAAGUUAAACGAAAAACGCUCUCGAUUAAAAAAGACAAAGAACGACCACAAACUCGUCAUCUCGAAGAUUAAGAGGGAGUUGGACAAUUACAAUAAUCGCCUCCACAGUGGAACAGACGAGAAUCGGCAGAAGCAGCGUUCGCUCCAGCUGGAGCGCAAUAUUCGACAGACGGAGGAAGCCACCGCGGCGCUGGAAGGUCAGCUGGACAAUAUGGAAAAUGUUCCGGAGGAGGAGGUCGAACAGUGGUCGGCUCACAAGGCCGACUUCGAGCGCGAGUUGGAGAUCUUCAACUCGGCCAAAGAGGAGGUUGCAGCCGCCCGGUCCGCUGCGGCUCAGCAAGUGCAAUCGCUCGAGUCAGACCUUAAUCUGGUGGUUCAGAAGCGGGAGCGCCUCCAAAGUCGCCGCACCCGAGUGAAUGAGCAGUACGAGCGCAUCAUCUCGGCCAACGCCCAGGGCUUGAAUGAACGGGAGCGCCGCGCCGCUGAGCAGUUUGCCAGGGAGCAGGAUCAUGCCAAGAUGGAGGCCAACUUCCACGAGCAGUUCGCAAGCAUCAGCCAAUCUGUGCAGGAUUUCCAAUUGCGCACCAGUCAGCUCUGGCAGCAGGCUUCGGCGAUUGAACAAUCUAUCCAGCAACAACAGCAACAGAUGCUUCUGGAUUCUGGGCCCCUCACCCCCGAGGGCAACUUGCCCGGCACCAAUCCUCUUGCAGAAACCAGUGGAUCGUCUCUGAACCCACCGAUGACGACUGCUCCCAGUGGUCGGUCCCUCUUGGGGCUCGCCUUUCCUCCGGUGCGAUCCAGUCCUCUCCAGAAUACCAGCUCUGCUGUCCACACCUCGUCGCAUCCAACCAGCCCGAUCCAGGACACUUUCUUGCCCCUGUAUCCGACCUCUCCGCCCGCCAACACGGGCUCGUACUUCGGGGCUGACAACAACCGGGACCGUUCGUUUUCCAACCGUUCGACCCGCAGCAGCCAAUAUGGAUCCGAGCUCCUGGAGACAAACCGCCUGCCUCCUCUUCAGCUUGAUCUGUCCGAACUGCUCACUGAUCACAAACACCGCUCCGGGUCAGACGCGAAUGGUUCUCUGAACCAGGGUGGCCGUCCGGUUCUGAGCCCGUUCCAGCGAGCAGCAAGCCGAGGCAGUGGGGCUGGCAGUGGCAGUGGUGGCACCAGGAGUGGAAGCGGUAGUCCCAAGUCGACUCGUGAAUAA